CAAGACAAAAUGGACCCUUCAGGCGCAUCAUCGCCACCCCCUGAAUCAAGUGUUCUUUCUAGCCACGAUACUCCAGACCUCGAAUCGUUCGAUCCCGUCACAUCCUCCUCUUCUACCAAACGAUAUAGACGAAAACCAACAGAAAAGCGUCGGGCACGGACAUCCUUUGUAUGGAAGCAUAUGCCGGGUCCAAUUGACACAAUAUAUCAACAGGAAGGCUCUGAGGCUAUAUACUGGCGUUGCAAGUAUUGUCCAAAGGAGUACAGAGAGUCUGGUGGUACAGCAUUUAUUGCAGUUCAUCUACAGACUGUACAUGAGAUUGUUGAUAGCCGGGAGCAACAAAACACCCUUCAGCAAUUAAGUAUAUCUACUGCGAUGGCACGAGGCCUUGAAACGCAAUACAAAUGACGUCGUCUUGACUCAGUUCAAUCAACCACAAUCAACCCAUCAACUCUUGAGCAGCUCUUUAUUCAAUGGAUAUCACGUUGUUCGGUCUCGUUCAAUAUAGUCGAAAUCUCCGAAUUCAGAAACCUCCUUGCAUACCUUAAUCCAGAGGUCAAUAACUGGCUUCCAACAAGUCACAGUACAAUACAUAAAUGGACAAUGAGAUGCUACGACAACGAACGAAACCAAGUGAUAGCACGUGUACAGUCAGCACUUUCAAAGAUUCACUUUACCGUGGAUAUUUGGACUUCUCCGAACAAGCUUCCUCUAGUUGGCAUUAUUGGCCACUAUAUUGCAGAGAACGGAGAUCUUUGUCAAUCAGUGCUUCUUACGAGAGAUCCACGGAAGGCAUACAGGAGAGAAUCAAGCC